ACCGUUACUUAUUCUCUGAGCUGCCGCCCUUUCAGUUCCACGUGGAAUCCCUCACCGGAAUCUUGUCUGAGCUCCGAUCUAUAUCGUCGGGAUCUUCAUCGAACCAAAGGUACUCUAUUUUUCGAUUCAAAAGGAAUGUAUAAUAACUUAGGAGCCCAGCCUGGGGUGCCGAUGCCACCGACAAAUCCUCAGCCAACUCCAUUUGGUAAUGCAUUUUACGGGGCUGGUUCUGGUCUUAUCCGAGGUGGUCUAGGUGCAUAUGGGGAGAAAAUUUUGGGAUCAAGUUCUGAGUAUGUGCAGAGCAAUAUAAGUAGAUACUUCUCUGAUCCUCAAUACUACUUUCAAGUGAAUGAUCAGUAUGCGAGAAAGAAAUUGAAGGUUGUUUUACUGCCAUUUCUGCACAGGGGCCAUUGGACAAGAAUAACUGAGCCAGUGGGUGGCACACUUUCAUAUAAACCCCCUAUUUUUGACAUAAAUGCACCAGAUAUAUACAUCCCAUUUAUGGCUUUUGGCACCUAUGUCGUCCUUGCUGGAGUAUCACUGGGCCUUCAAGGGAAGUUUAGCCCUGAAGCACUCAACUGGCUUUUCGUUAAGGGAUUGUUCGGCUGGUUUCUGCAAGUCAUGCUGCUGAAAGUAAUGUUACUCUCAUUGGGCAGCGGUGAGGCGCCUUUACUCGACAUUCUGGCAUACGCCGGGUAUACUUUCACAGGAAUAUGUUUGGCCGUUCUCGGCAGUAUCAUAUGGAGAUACUCGUACUACUUUUUGAUGCCUUGUACGUGCUUGUGCAUGGGAGUCUUCUAGGUGAAGACGAUGAAGAGAGUGCUGUUCGCGGAGGUUAGAGGUUACGAUUCUAGCAAGCAUCACUAUCUUUUGCUGUUUAUCGCGCUGGUUCAAUUCCCGCUUUUCACAUGGCUGGGCAACAUUAGUGUUAACUGGCUUUUCUAAAACCAUUGUCUAAAAUUGUGUUUAUUACCCAGCAGCUUUAACUGUGAUUUUAGGCAAUUUUUACCAUAGAUAAUUUAUCCUGUUUUUAGAUUCUUUUGUUUCUCAAAUUCAUAAAAACCAAUGCCCAUGUGCUGAGAAAUCUAAAACUUGUUUGAAUAUUUUU